AAAAAAAAAAAAAAAAACUCACCCCACCCCACUCCAAACCCAAACACACUAACACUCUAAUAACUCUCUUCUUACCCUUUUACUAGUUCUUCAUUUUUCUCUCUCCAAACCCUUAACCAACAUCUUUAAGCUUCAUUCAUCGGAUAGACUUUGAAAACCACCUAUGAGAAACAAAACCUCAAACAAGGGGUAUUAUAAAGAGAAGAAAGAUGGCUAAUUGUUCAGCUAUUUCAGCUGCAAAAUUUGGUGGGUAUAUAUGCCAAAAAGCCUUUCCUUUUAUUCUUUUCUGGUGAAGGUUAGUAGCUUUGAUUCAUCAAAACACCAAAAAAAGAAAGAAAGGCAGUAAAUAGAGAAAGCCCAGAAUAUAACCUCUCUUUCUCUCUCAAUUUGUAAACUUGAUAGCUCAUCAGGGUUUGAGGCAAAAAAAAAAAAAAAAAGUUAAUGGAUCCUGUAACAGCACAUGGUCGUCCUCUUCCUCCACCUUUCCUUUCAAGAGAUCUUCACCUACACCCUCACCAUCAAUUCCAACACCACCAACAACAGCAAAAUUCUGAAGAAGAACAAAGCGGCAACGGAGGCCUAAACCGCGGCCAGAAAAGAGAUCGCGACGAAAACAACAUCAACAACACUACAGAUUCUGAAGGCAAAGAAAUAGGUUCAGCCGGCGGAGGAGAAGGUGAGAUGACAAGAAGGCCUCGUGGAAGACCCUCCGGGUCGAAAAACAAGCCGAAACCCCCUAUCAUAAUCACCAGGGAUAGCGCAAACGCGCUCCGUUCCCAUGUCAUUGAAGUCUCCAACAGUUGUGAUAUCAUGGAGAGCAUUUCCACUUUCGCUAGGCGGAGACAAAGAGGGGUUUGCAUUUUGAGUGGAAGUGGCACUGUCACUAAUGUGACACUAAGGCAACCAGCUUCACCUGGUGCGGUUGUGACUUUACAUGGAAGAUUUGAGAUUUUAUCAUUGUCUGGUUCAUUUCUACCACCACCAGCGCCACCAGCAGCAUCAGGAUUAACCAUUUACUUAGCCGGAGGUCAAGGCCAAGUAGUCGGUGGGAGUGUAGUUGGUCCACUUUUGGCUUCUGGGCCAGUGGUAAUAAUGGCAGCUUCAUUUGGUAAUGCAGCUUAUGAAAGGCUUCCUUUAGAGGAAGAAGAGCCACAGGUUCCAAUUCAAGGAAGUGGGUCUCUUGGAUCCCCAGGAAUGGUUGGUCAACAACAACAACCCCAGCAGCAACAACAGCAAAAUCAACAACAGCAGCAACUAUUGCCAGAUCCUAAUACAACUCUUUUUCAUGGGAUGCCACAAAAUCUUCUAAAUUCAUGCCAAUUACCAACCGAAGCCUUCUGGGGUGGCUCGGCGGGUCGAUCUCCUUACUGAUAAACAAAAAAAAAAAACAAAACUUGUUGUUUUUAAUUUUAAUUUUAAUUUCUCUCCUUUUUUUUUUGUUACUAGUUUUCAAUCAUCCAACUUUGAUUCUUCUUUUUAUAAAUUAGUUAUGUUUAAUUAAGAUUUUAAUUAUGGUAUUAUUAUUCCUCGACCGGUCUUUGGUUGAAGAAGGAUGUACAAAUUCGUGAAUUGUUCGUGGGUUGAUUUUUA